CUUUUUGUUUUCAUUUUCAAAAUUAGUAUUUUUGGGGGGUUAUUUUGAUGCUGCAGGGGCUUUGGUUUUGAGUUCCAAAAUUUUGUCUUUGUUUCGAAAGGGCGUACGGAGAGUGAUGCUGUCUCACUGUUAUUUCUUUCUUUCUGUUCUUCCAACUCUUUUUUUGGUUCCAAUGUUAUGACACCGAAUUUGUGACUGUUUUGUCAUGAUUCCUGUUUCCCGAGCUCAAACAAAUUUAGUUUGGCUAGAAUUUUACCUUUGAGAAGCUUGUUAAAUUGUGGUUUUCUUAUUGAAGAUUGUGUGUUUCAGUUUCUCUUCUUCCCUUAGGUGGGUUUGACUAAAGUCGUGUGUGCCUUGUGAAAUGGGUUCAGGGUCUUUUGGGGUUAAGGUUUAUGGAGAGAUAUGAUGGUCGUUGUUCUGAGCAUGGUUAUUGAUGGGUAGCAGAAGUAGAACGGUAAACGUUACCAGUAAGGACACCAACAAGGUUGUGAACGGGAUGCCAAGCUACGCUCCUCCAUUGCCUUCUUCGAGUUCCAUAUCCAGUGUUUAGUCAAAUGAAAUCAAAUAGCCAAGCUCUAGGUGCUGAUAUUCAAUUUGGAGCUUUAAAUAAGGUGCAGUCAAUUGUAACAUCAGAUAUAAAUCUUUCUGCUGCUAUUGCUGGGUCUCAGACAUUGGCACUACAGAAAGACGCACAACCAAAUCUUGCUUCAACAUCUGGUCAUCGUGAGAAUUGGGGAGAGACCAACAUGGCUGAUGCUAGCCCCAGGACCGAUACUUCAACAGAUGACACGGAAGACAAAAAUCAACUGCCUGAAAGGGGUGAAUCCAGUGAUAGAUCUAAAGAUAAAUCAGAUCAAAAGACCUUAAGACGGCUUGCUCAAAAUCGUGAGGCUGCCAGGAAAAGCCGACUGAGGAAAAAGGCAUAUGUGCAACAAUUAGAGAGCAGUAGGCUGAAACUGACCCAACUUGAGCAGGAGCUCCAGCGAGCCCGCCAGCAGGGAAUAUUUAUUUCAAGCACUGGAGAUCAGGCCCAGUCAAUGAGUGGAAAUGGUGCUAUGGCAUUUGAUGUAGAGUAUGCACGAUGGCUAGAAGAGCAUAACAGGCAAACAAAUGAGCUAAGGGCAGCAAUAAAUUCCCAUGCUGGAGAUAUUGAACUUCGAACAAUUGUGGAUAAUUUCAUGGCUCAAUUUGAUGAUAUCUUCAGGCUGAAAGGUAUUGCAGCAAAAGCUGAUGUUUUCCACAUUCUGUCAGGGAUGUGGAAGACUCCAGCUGAGAGGUGUUUCAUGUGGAUUGGAGGCUUUCGCUCGUCUGAACUCCUCAAGCUUCUUGUGAGUCAGUUGGAGCCUCUAACUGAGCAACAAUUAAUGGGCAUAUACAAUUUGCAGCAGUCAUCCCAGCAGGCUGAAGAUGCUCUUUCCCAAGGGAUGGAUGCAUUACAGCAAUCACUGUCUGAGACACUGGCUAAUGGUUCACCCAAUUCAUCGGGCUCCUCGGGAAAUGUGGCGAAUUACAUGGGGCAAAUGGCUAUGGCCAUGGGAAAGCUUGGUACUUUAGAGGGUUUUCUUCGCCAGGCUGACAAUCUGAGACAGCAAACACUCCAACAGAUGCUUCGGAUAUUAACAACCAGGCAAUCGGCUCGAGCUCUUCUGGCAAUCAGCGACUAUUUCUCGCGGCUGCGAGCCCUGAGUUCUUUGUGGCUUGCCAGGCCAAGGGAGUGAAAGAUCUAUCUGUGGUCUUUUUUUCAAGCCUGAUUAGAUGACCCUCUUGAAGAUUGAUGACUGAAUCAUGUGCACUAAAUGAGUUCUGAAUGGAAGGUGGUGUCUUUUGACAAUGAAUUCCUUAGGAAGCCUAGUUGUGGUGCUAUAAACAUUAAAUGCUAUGAUUUAUCUACUCUGCCAACUGCUGGUGUGGUGCAACAUUUUUCUUUAAGCUUUUCUGUGCUUUCAAAAUAGUCUCAAUAAUUUGAUUAUAUAGGUGUAUGAUAGAUAGAAGUUGUUGAAGGGGAAGAUGUAGAAAUAGUAUCUGUAAUGUAGGUUAUAGUUGUUCAUUAUAUUUCAGAAAGCAGCUUUUAUUUGAGGGGGGUUUCCUCUCUUUAGUUUCAUUUGCUGUUUAAUGUUUUGUGGUUGGUUGCACAUAUGGCUCCAUUGGUGUAUGUAUGUUUGUAUAUAUACGUUCUCUCUUGUUAUAUUUGUUAGAAAGACAUUACUAACUAGUAACUCAAUUUCUUUCAUCA